AUGGCUCUGGAAGAAGUGUGGGGCCGAGUGAAGAAUGUCUGCAAGCAGAACGGACUGCUCAUCCUGUCUGUUCUGGCCGUGGUCAUCGGCUGCCUGCUGGGCUUCUUCCUCAGAGGCAAGCAGCUCUCCGAGCAGGAGGUGAAAUACUUCCAGUUUCCCGGAGAGCUGCUCAUGAGGAUGCUGAAAAUGUUAAUCUUGCCUCUCGUCGUCUCAAGUUUGAUGUCUGGUCUGGCUGCCCUGGACGCCAAGUGCUCAAGCCGCUUGGGCAUCAUGACUAUUUCCUACUACUUGUGGACCACCUUUGUUGCCGUAGUUGUGGGAAUCCUCAUGGUUUACAUCAUACAUCCAGGUGGUGCCGCCCAGAAGGAGGACUCUGAAGAGAGCAAAAAGCCGAUGACCAGUUCAGCUGAUGCUCUGCUGGACCUCAUACGCAACAUGUUUCCUGCCAACCUGGUUCAAGCAACAUUUCAACAGUAUCGAACGCAGAGAGUGGCAGAGCUGAUCCCCAAACCAACAGUGGCCCAGCUCCUGGAUGAGACCACCACACGGCGGGUCUACAUCUAUGGCGUCCAGGACGACAAUGGCACAGACAUUCAGAACUUCUCCCUGGACCUCACGCCGCCUCCUGACGUCAUCGUAAAAACGUCGCCCGGUACCAGUGAGGGCAUGAACGUGUUGGGGAUCGUUAUAUUUUCUGCAACUAUGGGAAUAAUGCUGGGGAGAAUGGGACCCAAUGGAUCCGCCUUGGUCAACUUUUGUCAGAGUUUGAAUGAAGCAGUUUUGAAGAUUGUUGCCAUCGUCAUUUGGUAUUUUCCCUUUGGCAUUGUCUUCCUCGUCGCCGGGAAGAUCUUAGAGAUGGAUGAUCCUUCAGCCAUGGGGAAGAAACUGGGCUUUUAUGCCAUCACUGUGGUCAUGGGCCUGGUGCUGCAUGGUCUAUUCAUUCUUCCUGCCAUGUACUUUUUCAUCACAAAGAAGAGUCCCAUAGUGUACAUUCGAGGCAUUCUGCAGGCUCUGCUCAUCUCCCUAGCCACCUCUUCCAGCUCUGCCACGCUGCCUAUCACCUUCAAGUGCCUCCUAGAGAAUAACCACAUCGACAGGCGCAUCAUCCGCUUCGUGCUGCCGGUGGGAGCCACCAUCAAUAUGGACGGCACCGCUCUCUACGAGGCAGUGGCAGCCAUCUUUAUCGCCCAAGUGAAUAAUUAUGAGCUCGACUUUGGGCAGAUCAUUACCAUCAGCAUCACUGCCACGGCCGCCAGUAUCGGUGCAGCAGGAAUCCCUCAGGCUGGACUUGUUACCAUGGUGAUCGUUUUGACCUCUGUGGGUCUACCGACUGAUGAUAUCACUCUCAUCAUUGCCGUCGAUUGGGCCCUGGAUCGAUUCAGGACCAUGGUCAAUGUGAUGGGCGACGCUCUGGCUACAGGCAUCAUGGCUCAUAUCUGCAGAAAGGAUUUUGUCAAAGAAGGAGAGCAGGUGAGUGUUCCUCUUAUAUGUGAGACCAAACCUAUGAUAAGCAUCCAGCAGAUGAUGACAUACCAGAACCAGAAGAACGGCUGCUACCAGCCCCCACCGGGCAGCAGGCAGGACCACCUCUCUCCGGACGUGGCUCGCCUGAUCCAGCUGGAGGAAGGCAUCCGGCCGGUGGAGAAGAAGAAGCACGGCCAUAACCCCCACCACAAGAGAGAGCACAGAGACAAGGACCACUGUUCUGUGGACAUGAACGGCCUGGAGACAAAUGUAUAA